AUGCCGAAGCUGCUUUUGACGCCGCACCUCGGCCUCACCCACAAGCGGCACUUCAGAGCUGAGGCGCUCUAUCUACCACCGCUUGUCUUCACCGGCCUUCUGGUCACUCUGUGGACGCAAAAGUGUCUCGCAAUGAUCAUCUUCCAGAACAAGAUCAUUUACAUGCCAGGCCUGCCACCUAAUGCACGUAGGGAGCGCAUCCAAGACUAUGCGAAGCAGUGCUGGGGCCUACAGUGGGAGGAGAAGAGGAUCCGCGCCGCCGAUGGGACGGAUCUAGCUCUCUGCGUGGCCUCGGCGAUAUCGACUGGUGGGAGGAAGACCACGUCGCUCGACGACACUCUAUCGGUGCCGUCCAUCUACAUCCUCUACUUUCAGGGAAACGCCUCGUCCAUCCCCCCACGGUUGCCCGACCUAUCAUGGGUCCUACAAUCGUUGCAGCAGAGCAAACGGCCCGCGCGAUACACAUUCGUGUGCCUAAGCUACCGCGGGUACUGGACGUCUAGAGGUCGUCCUUCCGAGAAGGGCAUCAACCUGGACGCGCAGGCGGCUCUGCACUGGAUUGGGCGGAUGCACAGCGAGCACGACGUCCACGGGCACCAGCCCAUGCCGGAGGUAAUACUCUGGGGUCAGAGCAUCGGCGCUGGGGUCGCCACGAACCUCGCCGCGUGGGAGGCGUUCCCGCCCACGUUGCGGCUACGGUCGCUGAUCCUCGAGACGCCUUUCACAUCCGUCAAGGACAUGCUGGCGACGCUGUAUCCUCAGAAAUGGGUGCCGUACCGUCAUCUCUGGCCGUUUCUCCGGAAUCACCUGGACAGCUGGACGAACCUAGCCACGAUCGCGGGGAACUGGUCCGGGUCGAGGAGCUGUGAGAGGCCUCGCAUUACGAUCGUGGAAGCUGGCAGGGACGAGCUAGUGCCGGCUGAGCACGGCGCGAAGCUGGUCCGGCGCUGCGAGGAGGUCGGACUCGAGGUAGAGAAGAAGACGGUGCAGGGCGCCUUCCACAACGAUGCCGUCAUCAGGCUAGAGGGACGCAGAGCCGUCGUCGACUGCGUUGAGCAGGUCGCUGCUAGAAUCUGA